UUCUAGGUCAUGAAGGAAGAAAUAAGUGAAGAUAUGCGAGAAAUCCAAGAUAUUGAUGAUAUCGUCGCAGAAAUAGAUGUAAUACUUUCUCGAAAUCCUGGCAGCAGCGAACUUUAUCGUAUACAGUACCCGAUACGUAAAGUAAAUCCAUUUGGCUGUGGUGUUGUCAAAGCACGUUACAAAAAGAAUGUCAAAGUGUUGGAAAUGCGAUUACCAGUGGAUAAAUUGUCGAGCUCGUUUGAUAAAGGUCGUGCGGAACAUCUUGCAUUGAUUUCCGGAACAAAUGCAGGAGCAUCUGCGGCUGAUAACUUUCGAAUAAUGGACGAAGAAGUAUACGUCGGACGCAGUUUUGGAAAUGAUGCACCAGUUCAUUAUGCUGUUGGCUUCUUCAAAAAUCAGUGUUUGUAUAUAUGUCCUUUGACCGGCACUUUUGAUAUGAAACGUUCAAUAUCCUAUCUGAAUGGUCAAGGAAAAAAUCGUACCGCCAGAACUUCUGAGGAUGACAUGUCUGAUUCGGAGGAGGAGGGAAGUUCUAAAAAUCCAUCACCGAUUCGCGUCCGGUUCAAACGACCCGAAACGGAACGACAGAAAAAGCGUCGUGAGCAAUCGUCAGCUCAUCGAAGUCGUCUUAUUGAGCAAGAUCCCUGGACUCCGCUAAAUAUUAAUUGCAUGGCGGAUACAGGAUCGAUAAAAUAUAAUGAAUCCUUGCUUUCCGUCCCUGUUACAAUGCUUAAUUCAUGCACAGUUCCUGAUCCUGUACAACUUGUUCAAGAAGCUAUUAUUGGUGAGAAAAUGGAUGCCCUUGAUUUAAACGACUGCAAACAAUUAAUAUCACUUCGACGUAUACGACAUCUACCUGAAGUCCAACAAGUUCGAGCCCUGAUGAUAAAAGCGCGGUGCAUAUCAACGAACGAAGCACAACAAUAUGUUUCGAAAUGUAUUCCUCGACACUUGCUCAUAUCACGCAUUCGUGAAUGUGCACGUUUGGUAUGCAAUAUUUGGAUCCUAAAGAGUGAAUUGCUUUACCCUGACGAGGCAUCAGUGCUUCACUAUGCCCGUGAUCUUGUCCUGUGUCUAUUUAGUUCUAAUCUGCCUGUUAGAAGGCUAGAUUUACAAAUGGCAUUCGGCUUAAGUACUUCUGAUCUUGAUAGCAUUUUGAAAACAUUAAACCGAAUAAUGGUGGAUGAACAUGAACGAAGCUGGAAACUAAGACAUGAUGAUGUGGAAGAAUUUGGAAAAAACAAGGACGAGUUAAAAGUGUUUAUCGAAGAAAAACGUUAUUGGCAUAAACGUUGGGAAGAAAUACAUCGUUAUCUAAUGAUUAGGAAAGAAAAGGCAGGAAAUAUCAUACGGAGGAAGAAAAGGGCUAGUAGCAGACAGAACGGUUCAAGUGAUAAAUCCCUAAGGAAACGAAGCAGUACGAAGACAGUGGUGAUCGACUGAAAGAAAUGGUUCAAUUUCAUUGUGAAAAUCUUAUCGUGUUACCGAUUUGUUUAUUUUAUAAAGUGAGAAAAAUACUCAUAAUUUUCAGUUUUAUCAGUAUGUCAUAUGUUUAAGUGAGUAAAAGGAUUGUGUCUGCGAUCCACCG